AUAAUUUGAUAAUCAAAUAAGGACCAGCACAUCAUAAACACUGAAAAAAAAUCUAAACAGAAUUUACACUGUCACACCAAUCAAACACUGGGAAAAAUACAAGUGCAAUUACUGGCUGCUAUGUGAACUGUUAUCUACCAAAUGGUUUUCUUACAGUACUUGAGAUCUUUGUCUCCAUACUGCAUGCUUUCAACAAACGUGGUUUGCAUUUCACCCAGGAAACACAGAAUCUCCUUUUUGAUAUCUAUAUAAAAAAGCUAAGUGUUUGACAAUAAGUUCUCUAUAGUAAAUAGCUGACAGGGAAAAAAACUGUUCAAAGUUGAAAACAAAUAGAGAUUUACAACCCUGCAGUGGUAAAAAUUCAUAUUAUUUUCAGAAGUCAGAAAUCCAAAGGUGGAGAAGAGGUGGGUUUUGGAGAAAGAGAAGAUGGUAGAUUGAGCUAAGAAAACUUUGAAGUGGGUAAGAACUGUGAGGGAGAAAUUAUUUUUUGAAUGUUUAUAGAAAAUCAAGGCAAUAACUUCUAAAGAUAGCACUGGGAGAAUGGAAGGUCCCAAGGCGGCCUGAGAGGCCAGGAAAAGAGAAUGCAUGAUACGCUGUGCUCAGUUAUCUCUUCAAGAAGAAAGAGGGGCUUGAAGAAAUGGGUGUGUAGAUGAAUGUGAUAAGCAGUGAAAGAGUUGGAAAUAAAUGUUUAGAAAUCAUGGCAACCUCUCAGGUGAAAUAUAAAAGUGAAAUUACCAACCAGGAAGCAAAAACGGCACAACCUCAACCAGCAGAGGCAGACAAAGAGUGAAGGACAUUGACCACCUGAACGGCAAGAAAAAUUUUGGGAGAAGCACAGAUUGAAAAAAUAAAAGCUGAAAAGAGUUGUUUAAGAUGGAGAAUGGUUAGAAAAUUCAAAAAUGUUAGGCUUUUCUUUCAAAGAGGGAAAAGCAAAUAAUUCUUUCAGAGCUGGAAAGGCAAUAUGAAGAAAUAGAUAAUUUUAUUUAUUUCUAGAAUGUUGAGGCAAGCUGAAAAUAUUAAGAGCACAAUAUAAAAGGCAACUUUCUCCUCCCUCACAUUUUCUUGAAAAUCAUCUUUGUGUAAAAGGGCUACAGAAAAAGCUACAGAGAAACAAGUCUGCUCCCAUGGACACACUGAACUCCAACAUGAACGCAGAGUGGAAUAAGAUGGUUAUGGUAACACACCAGAUGAUAAAGUGGAAACUGUGAUUGAAAAAAAUAACACAAGGCAAAGAACGAUCAAGGCAGCACAAAGAAAGCUGAGGACAAGAUUUGUCAUAGCAACUGAAUAUCUCACUGUUGGAAGUGCAGGAAUCAGCCUCAAAAGAAGCCAGUUUUCUCAGAUAAUUUUUAGGCUCUGAAGUAGAGACCAGAGAUUUACUCUUCACAAAGAAUCACCAGACAACGUCAUUUAACCUGCUGAAGGAGCUGACGCACUCCACAAAAUUCAGUCAGAUGCAGGAAAGUGUGGCUUGUGUUGAGGGUCUGAACAACCCUGUUUCCUGGUACGAAGCACAAUUUAAAUUGGAAACAAGGAUCAUGCAGAAGUUUGGAAAGUCGAUCCCAAAAAGAAUGUGUUGCUCACAAUGUGUUAUUCGAAAGGUGCAAGCGUUUAGAGGAUGUGUUUUCAAAACCAGAUUUUUCAUGUUUUAGUUAAAGCUUUUAGCAGUGUGAUGACAGAAUGUGAAAAAAUGAGGUCUUCACUGCAAAAGGGAGAGUUUUGGCAAUACUUUCAAAAGAAGGACCAUAAUUGGAGAUAAACAGAGGUUGGGGUAACCAAACAAGGUGCUGACGAAGGAACAGAAAUUGAAAAGUGUGAUUCACUUGGCAAAGAAACACUCUUUCUUCUCAUAGACAUAGUUUUGCUCAUUGCUGCUUUGGAAAUGAAACUAUAAGCACAAACAUGGGAUGGUCACAGCAUGUGGCUGCAACGGUAAGAGCACUGCGGAGACAGGAGAUGGUCUUGUUACAAAGCAGGAAAGAUCCAAUUCCAAAUCAAUACAAAUGUAGCAAAAGUAAAGACAUUUCACAGAUGCCAUUUAUAGGACUAUAUCUACUGAAGAGAGUUUCUGGAAAUGAAGGUGAACUGCAAGCUGAAGAACUUUUAGAGCUAUUGCUAAAAGAGGCAAAGAUUUUCCAGGAAUUAGAAGAUGCAAGCAUACCUGAUGACCAAGCAAACAGUGCUGGAGAAGAGAAUUUGAACCUCAGAAUAAAAGAGCUGGAAAAGUCGGAGCAAAAACUGAAAGGUGUUCUAGAGGACUACAUGGAGUCAGAUUCUGUCCUAAGAAACAGGAUGAAAGAGCUGGAGCUGUCACACAAAACACUUCUUGUGACAAUUGAUCAACUAAAUGUGAAGGUGCACCAGGUUGAAAAUGCAAAUGUGCGUGUUAAAGGGAAACUGCGAGACAUUCGGGAGGACCUGAUCAACUUGGUUGAAAACCAAGAAAAGUCAGAGAAGAAGCAAAAGCAAAAAUUACGUUGGCUUCAGGAGCAGCUGAAGACAAAAGAAGAUGAAAUAAAAAGCCAGUCAGAGUAUUUUGAGCACUACAAACAAAGGCAGAGACAACAGACAGCAGUGUUGAGAGAAAGGGAGUGUUACCUUCGGGGUGAGGUAUCUAGGCUGGAAAAGCAAGUCCUAGAUCUUAGUGCCCAUAUUGGUCUUUUGACAUCCCAGUUAGAAGAGGGAAUGGUGCAGUAUCUCCAACAGAAGCUGGAAUCAUCAUUCAGUGGGACUCAGGGCUAUAAACACUCUGAUGUGGAAGUAAUGGAAUUGAAAACUUGCAUGGAAAAUGUGGAGCAUGACAUGAAAAGACACCUCGAGACACUUCAGCAAAAUCUGAAGCUUUUAAGGGAAAAAGAGGAGGACAAGAGAAGAGAACAGGCAGACCUGCUGAGAGAACUCCAGUGCUCUCUGGACACUGAAGACUUUCUCAGAAGAAAAUUGGAAGAAUCUUCCCAUCACGUUUAUAGUCUGAAAUUAUCUGAAAUCAAACUACAGGAAAAAAUGGAGGAGCUUUUAGAUGAAAAUAGGGCUUUAACACUUCAAGGUAGAGUGCAGUUGAAAAAGAAGAAAGAAAAGGAUUUAUGGCGUACAAGACUGGAGAAUGGAGAAAACAGUGUUGGCCUGAAUGGAGGUUUAAUCCAGGAUGACAUUCAAAAUCUGAAAUGGGGAGCAGUCUUGGAUUCGUUCAGAAGCAGAGCUACUCAAACUCCAGUUGUGCUGCUAAACGCUAAAGAUUCUGAAACACAAGGAUGUGGCCGUGAUGGACUAAAGCAGAUGGAGGAGCUACCAGAACUUCUACCAGUUUUGGAACACAAUUGCAGCGCCUUUGCAAAAGUUGCUGGUCUAGCUGAGAUUGAGCAGGUCACCCUUGGAACAAAGAGGGCAGGUACUCUAGAAGAUAAUUUCACUUUGUUCAGAUGUACCCCAAAUUAUUGUGCAGCAAGACUGCUUCCCCCUUGCUCUGAGAAGUUAACUACUGAUGAGGCAAGUAAGGAAACCAAAGAUGAAGAAAACUUUUCUCUCUUGAAGGAAAAAGUUAUAGAUCUACCAGCAAAGACAUCCUCUGUUUCUGUGGCUGAAGCUUUGAUGACGAAGAAGCUCCAGCUUACCUUGUUAGAACCUGAAAGCUACCACAUAUCAGCUGUCACCACUGUGAAGGAAACAAAGAGUUUGGAUUUCUCUGAGGCAAACACCAGUCUUUGCUCUGAUGCACUUGUUGCAGAAGGAGGAUUUUCUGACAAAGCUUCUGCACUUCUUCGUGGAAAGAUGCCUUGUACUGUGACUGAAAUUUUCACAUCAUUUCUAGAAAAAUAUAAUGUUGAAAAACAUUGGGAAAACAAGCAAAUUCUGCCAAAAAGCAUAAGUGAAAAUAUAUGUCUGGAUGAAGUUGUUGAUGAUGGAAAGUACCACCAAAAAACCUUUAUAGGGAGAGCUAAAGGAGAAGAAAUACAGAAUGAACAAGCCCAACCACAACAGGUGACCUGUAUUCCUGAGGAAAGUUCUAAAGUUUUAAAUAAAACUGAAUUGAUGAGGCCUGGGAAGCAAGCAAUGGAAGCCAGAGACAGCCUAGGUAGCCCACAGGAUGUCCAAAAUUUAUCUGUUGAUUUUAAAGAUUUAAAGAAGCAUUUUGAAGGGAGCCCUGAACAAAUGGAGAAACAAGGAAACCUCUCAGAAAUCUGCAUCUCCGAUGUGAAUAGGGCAUAUAAGGGAGAAGACAUAAUCAAAAUGGAGGAGGAAGGAGAUCAACCUCAGAAACCAACUCACCAAACAAACCCUUCCAGCAAUAUUGGGCUGAAAGAAAAGAAACACCAGGCUGUGAAACUAUGUGAACCAAAUGAGAAGAAUUUCUCAUGUCAAAAAAUAAUUGCUGAAAAUAUACAAUAUGCAUACUGUCAGAAUUUUUUUUGGUCAGAAGCAGAGAGGUAUCCACUAAGCAUAUUGUCUCCUUUGCGGGAGAGGGAGGUGUGCUUAAGCAAACUGUUCCUGCCAGGGAGCAAUUUUUACGAGCAUUUGUGUCAUCUGUCACUACCGGAAGCUGGUAAUGAACGUAAUGUGAAAAUAUAUGCACUGGAAAAAGUGGUGGCUGUAUGUUCCCAGAGGAUAUUUCUACUGAUGCAAGAGAAUGAAAAUUAUUCAAAAAAGGUCUGUAUAUUACAACAGGAGAAUGAGAGAUAUGCCCAGAUGAUGUGUGCACUGGAAGAGGAGAUGGAUGCAUAUUUUCAAUACAUUUUAGCAGUAGAUGAAGCUAAUGUUGUUUCAUUCCAAAACUUACUUAAUGAGAAAGAAGUUGCUGGUGGAUGUUACAAUAACUUAUCAGAAGAAAACACUGUGAGCCCAGGAACAUUUUUUGUUGAAACCUUGUCUAAGAACCUCUCAUGUGUUGAAGAGAAAAACAGGAAUUCUGAAAAAGACUCUUUGACAAUUGCAUCAAAUAAACUUCCCAGGAGUGUUUUAUCCCUGGAUGGAAGGAAAACGAGAUAUUUCCAGCUGCUUUCUGACCUGAAAGAAGAAAGAAGCAGAUGCUUCAAAGAAAUAGCUAAAUUAUUACAAGACAAGGAGAACUAUGUAACAAAAUAUAAUGAAUUAAUACAAGAGAGUGAAGGCAAUUUACAAAGAAUAUCUCUUUUAGAAGGUGAAAAAGAAGCUUUACUGGGAUGUUUGGCAGAGGUAAAGCGUGAACGAGACAAAUACGGGACCUUGGUUUCAGAACUUCAAGAGUGCAAAACCAGCUGUUAUCAAACUAUUUCUGAUUUACAGAAGGAAAAACGUGUACUGAAAAGAGAAAUAGACAGAAUCAAGAAAGAAACUUCAGAACAGCUUGAUGAAUUUCAUAAGGCAAAUGCAAACUUUAUUUUAGAAAAUAACCAAUUGAAAGAAUUAAUGCCUUCUUUGGGUUUCACCGAUGAAGAGCUGAGAAAAGGUAAAAUUUUGGAAACAAAGGAAAAGAUAGUAAAACUAAAAGAAGAAAGUCAGCAAUGUGGUCUUAAGCCAGAGAAAGUUGAAACAGCAUGUAGUGUAACUCAGACUGAAGAAGAAGGAGUUCUGGUUGUAGACCCUUCAAACUAUUUUCCCAGAAAAGAGGGCAGCAUGUUUGAAAGCUACAGUGUGAUGAAAGAGCAAGUUGAAAAGGCAAAAGAGGAACUAAAAAUACAGCAAAAGGAGUUAGAAAACUCAAAAAAAGAGGCUCAGAAGUGGUACAGGGAACUUGGCUUUGCCGAAACAAGAUACGAAGAAAUCAAAACUCGUUUGACACAGGCUCUCUCAGAAUUAGACCGUUUUAAACAAGAAGUGGGGGACAAAAUGCUUGGAAAGCACAACUGCAAAUUGAUGCCUGUGCACAAUGUGGAAUAUGCCCAGGAAACAGAGGAGAAUAAAAUAGCUAAUAAGAGAUUACAGCAGCAAGUGCUGACCUUGAAAGCCCAGCUCAGGGACCAAGCUGCAUUACAAAAUCAGUUUCAUGACCUGCAGAAUGAAGUGGAACUCCUUCAGGCUCAGCUAUGUGAAAAGGAAAAAGAACUUCAGAAGAGAAAGUCUGAAGUGAAGCUGACACUAGCUCCUCUGAAGGCUAAGCUGGCUUGCCUUACCCGAAAGUGCCAGGAAAGGAACAGCUUCAUUAUGAGGAUGCAUGGUGAAUUUCACAGGCGAGGAAUUAUUAACUCCACAUUUGAUGAAAAGGUGAAAAACUUGGUGAAUGACAUGACUCUGGCAGAGUACACGGUCGCUUUUACACCAAUGUGUGAUCAAGAGAUGCUGCCUCCUUCCACAGACAUUUCACAGGCCAAUGGACAGCCAGAGGAUCAUGAGACGUGUGUCAAAGUGAAUGGGAUGACUGGGUCAAUACCUGCAAACUCUCAGCAAGAGGUGGAUAGCCUCCCUAGUUCUCGCAUCGCUCCAAAUGCGUAUGCUGAUUCUCCUAUAAAAUUAACAAGUCCAGAGAGGAUCAUAGCCUUGCAUCGAGAACUAAGACAAAACCAUCGCAAAAAUUGCCAGAUGCCUUCAGUUGUCUCCUCCGCCUCAAACCCAAAGGCUGACUGCAACCUGCCCGUGAUCCACCAGGAGGGCCCUUGGCCUCUGCUGUCAGGGAUGAAGGAUGCACUGGUGCCUCCGGAGCGUAGUGCUUUCUGGGCCACGAAGGGGAGGGAUCGGUUGUCGAAAUGUGAUGAUGUAUUUUGGGGUCAAAUAGGAAAUCAGCAUGCAGGUGCUAUUCCCCGGGGAAUGAAACAGAAAAAUGCCAUUAUGAAUAAGGCAUGGCUCUCUAGAGAAAAAACAGAUGGCUCAACCUCAGCUACCACAGCAAAAAGCUAUUUGUCAGAUGUGUUGUCAGCGAGUAAUAAAGGUCGAAAUCCUGUGGGGAGAAAUCAGCUGCACGGGAAAGAAUAAAACCUGCAGAAAUAAAACAAGGGAUGACUUUGCCAGUUGGUUUGGGCUGCGUUAUUAAACAGUGGGGAGAGGCAGCCUGAUGGUUGGUUCAGAGUGUCCUGUAGAUGACGAAUUAGGAUUUUGGAAUAUGACUUUCAUUGCGGAAUACAAGACUGUCUUGGAAAACUCAUGCUCCCUAUGUACAUUUCAAAUCAGUGUUCAAAUUGCUAGUGUUUCUGGCUUGGUUUCUGAGAAGACAAGUGUCCAGUGCAGUUGUAGGAGAGAAGUUCUGUGAUUUGAAGUUCAGUCUUGCUCUGAAAAGCAGUGGCCUGUUGCCAGCUCUUGUAAGGUGUAUGGAAGGGAGGGUUUGGCUCCCAUGGUCCUUUAUCAGAAAGUUAAUUUUGAAUCACCCAAGCAAAUUAAAGAAGGCAUAAUAAAGGGAAGAAUGUAUCAGUCACACAGAAGAAGCACUACUGCUCUGAAGGAAGGAUGAAAGGUGCUUUGACCUGGUGGUCAAAGCUGCUUCAUUACAGGAAAAACUGAGCAGUUGCCCUGACUUACCAUCUGCCACGUUUUAGCCACAUCCUGCAGUGGAAGCUGGCCAUGUGGGCCAACCCAGUGUGUGGUUUGAGUUCUUGUUCUGUUUUCUUGGGAUCUCAGCAUUUGCAUUUUAAAGAAAUUAUCAAGUUAAGCACAGAUCUUGGUCUUCAUGGGUCUGCUUGCGUGGGCAUGUAAUAUCUUCAGCCUCAUGGCUUUGCGCAUUCCUGAAAGAGUCUUUGAUCUGAGUUAGGAUGUUUAGUAUUUCUGAGGAUGUGGUACUUGAGGGUACAAACUAGGAAAUGAGACAGAACCGCAUUUUUACAAGGGUAAGUAGGAAUUGGGAAUGUACUUCAUGUGCACUGAGAGGCGCUUGAAACAUCAAAGGGCUGUGUCCUAAUACUCCAGAUUGAUUAUUUCAACCACAUGAAUAGGUCACACUGAAUUUAACUUUCAGAUAAGGUAUUUGCAGGCAUACAUGCUUUUCCUGAAAUAGGUGGGUUUGUGCGCAGUGGUUGGCUAUGGUGCACUCAUUUUGCAACCACACUGCACGAUACAGAUUUACACACCCAUAACCCAUACUAUUCAUACCUGAGUACCCAUUUGUGAAGGCAGGGAGAUGUGAACACCGGCACAAGAUUUGUGCAUAAGGGAUUGUAUGGUUGCAUCCAUUCCUUCUUUAACUAAAGGCUUGCACACAGCACUGUUGAAGUCAGUGGCAAUACUUGUGUUGUCCUGAAUGGGAGCAGCCAUGGCUACUGUUCUCUCGAACUACCCCUUACAGUCUGAUGCACUUUCAGUUUUGAUAACUGUUUUAUAACUUGUAUUUCCUCUUUUUUUUUUUUUUUUUAACAUUGAGCUAACUGCUAGAUAGUGCUGUCUUUACAAUGCUUAGUUGCCCCGUAAUUCCAGAUAUCCUUUGAAAGGAGGCAGAAGGAUAAUAAACUGUGGAAUCCCAAAUCAGUUUAAUGUAACAUGCAUUUCUAGGUUAUGAUUAGUAACAAGAUGACACGUUGGCAUGGUAACACUUGAAGCUUAACUACAAGUUCUUAAAAUAAAGCAAUGACAUAUGUGUAGGUUUCUAUCCAUUUGCAUACUAUCCACCUGAAAACAUACAUCAUUUCCACAACACUCAGGCAAUUAAACACUACUUCUUACUUUUGAAUUAAGUGCUGAACUAAAACAUCAUGCCUCUUUCCUAGUAUUUAUGCAUAAUCUCCCACCACAAAUUAUAAAUGUUGAUAAUGAGCCUGUCCAUUUUGUAACAUCUUAGGCUUUCUGCCAUUUGGUUUCAUUUUAAAACGAUUAGCAUAAGGAAUGUAGAACACAUUUAAUUCUUUGUGGUUUCUACCACAUUGAUCUCCUUUAAAUUCUACCACCUCCUAAUAUGAAAAUCGUCUCACGGAUAUUGGAAAAGCCUGUUUAUUAAUUAAAUUGAUAGACCAGUGGGUGCAUUUCAGGUGGCUGAGGACCGGGAAUUAAAAUCCCAACUUUACCUCAAAUCGUUGUAAGAAAGCAGUAAAAUUUUUAAGUGAGAUUACUAGGUGAAACAGAGAGCCUAGCUAUUGUUUUCUAGUUGCCUUAUGGUGAAGAGAAAAGUGUUGUCUAGUUGUUAUAGCCCAUUCAGCUUUCUUUCACUAAGCAGAAGUUAACUUGUUUAGAUGUGCUAUGUAUGGUAAACAUGCCAGGGGAUGCUUUACGUGUAUCGAUGUUUUGUGUUAAACUUUCUCAGAAUGCAAAAUCGGGCACUUUGUUCUGAUUGCUUUAUAUGCACAGUAUUGCUUUGACCAAAUUCCUUACAGUCAAAAUUAAGAUGCUGCUAAAUUCUGCGUAAGUAAAUAUACAAUCUUCUUCUGUCACCCUAAAUAGACAAAAUGGGCAGUGUUACAUGGAAAAUAAGAUUUCUUUGACAAUUCAUUUAUUUACAUAUACAAUUCUAUAUAGAGCAUCGCAGGAUAUUGAAAAUAAAGCUUACAGUGUUUCCAGAGCUCCUUACACGACCUUUAAAUCCCAAAUUCUGUUCACACCACUAUGGAUGGCAGAUUCUGGAAGUCCAAUGAUUGACUCUGGCAUGAUAAUCAUGUUACAUUCAGUAUAAUACAUUUGCCAGGAAAUAUUUCACAUAUGCAGCAGAGUUCCCAGGAUAAACCUCCUGCUAAGGCAUGGCUGAUGUUAGUCCUUGUGGCCUUUUAAAAAGUUAAAAAACCCUGAUCUGUUUUUUCAUAAAUCUACCUGUAUUUCUCACUCGCAGAUGAAGGAUUUUAGUAUUUGAAUUUGCCGUGGUUGUGGGGUGGAGGGAGGGAGGGACAUGUGCAUGCUGGGUUUUGCCACUAAUCCUUUGGAAAUCCUUUAGUGCCUUAAGGAGGCAGAGGGGGAACAGACCUUAGGAUUACAGAAACUUGUUCAAACCUCUUUCCUGCUUUAGCAGAAUUCUUUUAAAAUAUAUUGUGCCUUUGGCUCCAAACACAUUUACAUUAGAAAUCAGUAGCCGUGGGAUUAUGGACAGGAAUUUUUGCCCCUGCACAAAUGUUAGGAAAGAGAGUCUACUGUUUCUUAUAUAGGAUAUGAAUUAAAAAUAUAGCUAACUUAAGUUCUGACAGUGGAAUCCAUGCAAAAGCCAUGAUUUGACAACUAGGAAUGUUGCAAGUUUCAGGUAAAGUCAAAAAGAAAAAAAAAAAAAGGAGAAAUUUGAAUGUGCUGGAUGAAAUGCUUGUGCCACUGAAGUGACUGGCAAAUUUCCACUGGUUUCCCUGGGACCAAAAUUUCAUGCUUGCUUCUACUUGGCUUAAGAAAUGCUCACUUCUGAUUGAUAGAUACUUAAGUGUCACGCUUUAACGUUUUCUAUGCACAUAGGAGAGGAAAAGAGAGAUUAGUAGUUGUGGAGAUGGGCCUUGAUUGGGAGCUGUUGGGAUCUGUGGUAUAAAUCUCUGUUCACUAUUGUUUCUCCGUGUAACAUAGACUCUUGCUAUGGGAAUAUGAAUAUGCAAAUGUAAAUUCCCAUGUGAGAGGUUACUGCGCAGUGUGCACUAACCGAUGCCGAACAACUAUAUUUCUCUACUCUCUGAAUUGUGGCUUUGUCUUUUUUAAAAAGAGGGUGAAAAAAAGCCUGAGUGAGGCAAUUCAUGUACUCACUGAUGGUCAUAAGUAGAUCUUAGGAAAACUUGAAUAAGCUUUUAGCUCAUGAGUGAAUUUUACCUUUAAAGAAUUAAGAGCAAUAUGUCGGUUACAGAGCCACAAAAAAAAAAAAAAAAAGGCAAAAAACGAGGACCUGAAAAUCAGAGUAGUGAUGGUGGUCUUCUAUUUUGCUCUCUGUUAUGACAAGUAAGUUUUAAAGAAUAUGUAAAUAGUUAAAAGAAAAUCAUUACAUGGCUCGCAGUAUGUAAGACAAGACCCAGCAUGGAACAGAUUUUUAUAGCUUGUUUAUAAAUUACGCUUCUGUCUUUUGUUUGGAACUUGGAAAAAGAAACCAUGUAAAGUAAAUAAGGAGUAAAGACUUACUGCACACAUUUGUUUGACUGAAACAAAGAUAUUUCCCCACCUCCUGAGGUCUUAAUGAGAGAUCUGGGAUGAAUAAUGUAUCUUGCCAUUUGAGCUCUAGUGCUGUGCAGUUAUUUAACUCCUUUGCACAGAUAUCAGUGGGAUGGUAACCAGUGGUCAUGAAGAACAGUUGUUAGGGCUACAAAUUGGGAUCCAUUCGAAGAGGUGCCAAAGAAUGAACAAAAAGACCGGGGUUUAUGGUGUGAUAUUUAUUAACCCGAUGUACCACCUGGACUGCGGAGGGAGGGGUGUUUGUAAAUAAAUGCAAGAAGUUUAAAGUCUGACCCAUGACCGCCCUGUAACCGGGUGUCAAAUUGGUCUCAGCUAGAUGAGAAGCUUCAAUAAUAUCCGAGAGGCCACUCUUGUUUUGGUCUGUUCCAUUAAAACCUUCUGGAUAACUUUUCAACAAAGAUUUCCACUCUAAGACAUUUGUCAUAGGUAUCAACUGUACAUAUGUGUUAAUUUUCAGUGUAACUAGGGAGGAUACAGAACUGUAAUGAAGUCACGAAGUCUACUUGAUGAUUACCACAAAUUUGUAACUCUCACUUAAAUUAUGUAAGAUAUGUUGACAUUUUAUCUUGUUAACAAGAUGUA